CUGCCAGCCUUGCCGAGUCUCGGAACCGCUCUUGCCCCCGCUGCCACUCUCCCGCGCUCUCCUCGCUGCCCGCGAAGCAGGAUGGCGGGGACCGUGCGCACCGCGUGCUUGGUGGUGGCGAUGCUGCUCAGCUUGGACUGCCCGGGACAGGCGCAGCCCCCGCCGCCGCCGCCGGACGCCACCUGUCACCAGGUCCGCUCCUUCUUCCAGAGACUGCAGCCCGGACUCAAGUGGGUGCCCGAAACCCCGGUACCAGGAUCAGAUCUGCAAGUAUGUCUCCCCAAGGGUCCAACGUGCUGCUCCAGAAAGAUGGAAGAAAAGUACCAACUGACCGCGCGCUUGAACAUGGAACAGCUGCUUCAGUCUGCAAGUAUGGAGCUCAAGUUCUUGAUCAUCCAGAACGCCGCAGUUUUCCAAGAGGCCUUUGAAAUUGUCGUCCGCCACGCCAAGAACUACACCAACACCAUGUUCAAGAACAACUACCCGAGCCUGACCCCACAAGCUUUCGAGUUUGUGGGUGAAUUUUUCACCGACGUGUCUCUGUACAUCCUGGGUUCUGAUAUCAACGUGGAUGACAUGGUCAAUGAAUUGUUCGACAGCCUGUUCCCGGUCAUCUACACCCAGCUUAUGAACCCCGGCCUGCCUGAGUCAGCCUUAGACAUCAAUGAGUGCCUCCGAGGGGCAAGGCGUGACCUGAAAGUGUUUGGGAAUUUCCCCAAGCUUAUCAUGACCCAGGUUUCCAAGUCACUGCAAGUUACCCGGAUCUUCCUCCAGGCCCUGAAUCUCGGAAUUGAGGUGAUCAACACCACCGACCACCUGAAGUUCAGUAAAGACUGUGGCCGAAUGCUCACUAGAAUGUGGUACUGCUCGUACUGCCAGGGACUGAUGAUGGUCAAGCCUUGUGGUGGCUACUGCAACGUGGUCAUGCAAGGCUGUAUGGCCGGGGUGGUGGAGAUCGACAAGUACUGGCGAGAAUACAUCCUGUCUCUGGAGGAUCUGGUGAACGGCAUGUACAGGAUCUACGACAUGGAGAACGUCCUGCUUGGUCUCUUUUCAACGAUCCACGAUUCCAUCCAAUAUGUCCAGAAGAAUGGAGGAAAGCUGACCACCACCAUUGGCAAGUUAUGCGCCCAUUCUCAACAACGCCAGUAUAGAUCUGCUUAUUAUCCUGAAGAUCUGUUUAUUGACAAGAAGGUAUUAAAAGUUGCUCAUGUAGAACAUGAAGAAACCUUAUCCAGCCGAAGGAGGGAACUAAUUCAGAAGUUGAAGUCUUUCAUCAGCUUCUAUAAUGCUUUGCCUGGCUACGUCUGCAGCCACAGCCCCGUGGCUGAAAACGACACUCUUUGCUGGAAUGGACAAGAACUCGUGGAGAGAUACAGCCAGAAGGCAGCAAGGAAUGGCAUGAAAAAUCAGUUCAACCUCCAUGAGCUGAAAAUGAAGGGCCCUGAGCCAGUGGUCAGUCAAAUUAUUGACAAGCUGAAGCAUAUUAACCAGCUCCUGAGAACCAUGUCUGUGCCCAAAGGUAGAGUUCUGGAUAAAAACCUUGACGAGGAAGGGCUGGAAAGCGGCGACUGCGGCGACGAUGAGGACGAGUGCAUCGGGGGCUCCGGGGACGGGGCAAUGAAAGUGAGGAACCAGCUCCGCUUCCUUGCAGAACUGGCUUAUGAUCUGGAUGUGGACGAGGCGCCUGGAAGCAAGCAGCACGUGAAUCAGAAGGACAACGAGAUAGCAGCCUCUCACAACCUGGGGAACGGCCACUCCCCGCUGAAGGUUCUCACCAGCUUGGCCAUCUACGUGGUGGGCUUCUUUCUGCUGGUGCACUGA